AGCGCCUCACGACCCUCCCCGAGCCUGCCCAGACACAGCCGUUCCCAGCCGUUCCUCUUGCCGCGCGUGACAUGUUGAUCUGUAAAUAUUUUGGGAAAUGUUAAUAUUAGAAAGCAGAAUGUCUAAAUAAAGUCAUUGCUCCGGAGGUCUUUAUGUUGCAACCCUCCGUGUCCACAGGAGGGCCGUCGCUGGUUGCCCGCGCACACACUCUGAUGAUGCUCCCGAGCCCCGUCACUUCCACGCCGUUUUCUGUCAAGGAUAUUCUGAAGAUGGAGCAACAGCUCGCGCUGCAUCCGCACGCUCAGCACGGACUUCAACUGCAGCAGCACUUCCACACCCCUCCUGCGUGCGCUCUCGGUGGCGGAGACAGUCCCGGCUUCUCCGAUGGCGAGGAGAGGAUGUCGUAUCUAAACACCCUGUCGGAGCACGAGAGCCUGGUGGAUUCCAGCCUCUCCCCGGAGCUGUACGGCGCGCCCGCGCUCACACACCACUCUGAGGAGCCCAAACUCGAGGCGGACGGGCGCGAGACGGCCAAGAGUUGCAUGGCGCUCGCGAAGGCACCGGAGAGCGAGCCCGAGGAGGCGGACGGCAGGCCGCAGAGGCAGCGGAGUCGGCGGAAACCUCGCGUGCUCUUCUCCCAAGCUCAGGUGUUCGAGCUCGAGAGGCGCUUCAAACAGCAGCGCUACCUGUCUGCCCCAGAGCGCGAGCACCUGGCCAGCACGCUGAAGCUAACGUCCACGCAGGUGAAGAUCUGGUUCCAGAAUCGCCGCUACAAGUGCAAACGGCAACGCCAGGAUAAGACCCUCGAGAUGGCAGGACACCAUCACGCCGGGCCACCUCGUCGCGUGGCAGUGCCCGUUUUGGUUCGGGAUGGUAAGCCGUGCCUCGCGGGAUCACAGAACUACAACGCCACAUACGCAGUGGGCGCCAGCCCGUACGGAUACAGCAGCUACCCUGCGUACACUUACAACAACCCCGUCUACACAAACACUUAUAGCUGCACGUACUCCAGCCUCCCGGCGCUGCCCGCGAGCACCUCUGCCAGCGCGCUCAUGGGCCUGCCAAACCUCGGGGCAGCGCCUCAGCCUCCCGCACCACAGGGCCCUCCCGUGCCGCAGUGCCAGGGGACGCUGCAGGGCAUCCGGGCCUGGUAGCCCAACAGGUCGGGCACAGGAGCACGAGGCUGGAGAGGCGCGGGACUGCUGGUGCUGAGGAUGCGCGAGACUCGAGCGCAGGAUGCGCUUCACUGAUAUAUUAAUGCCCACAGACUCAUGCUCGCGAGGAGCCAGCAGCACUUGUGACAAUAUAAACAUGCUAUAUUGGUGUCAUUUUUACAUGAAGACUGUUGCUUAUAAAUAUCACACCUGAAUGUCACUUCAUAAAUACGACCAUUGCUUAAAUCAUUGGAUAUCAUGACCUCGGCUGCAGAUCAUUUGGGGGGAAAUGCGCGUCGGUGUCCUGGAAAGUUCCAAAUGGUUAGUGCUCUGCGACUGAUACGGUCAGCCGAUCCUUUUGAAAUAUAAUCACACUUCCCUUAACACUGACUUCAAUUUAUGCAUACAAUAAUUUCAAUAAAGGAUAUUGUAAUUGGU